UUCUUCUUCGGCGGCGACAUAUCCGUCAUCUCAACACGAACGAAGUGUAUCGUACUUGGUGCGGAGAUGAGUCGUUCAGAAUUUGACUCGAAGGUGACAAAGCAAAACAGGUCAGGCGGCGGCGAAGCGCCGCUCACGAUGCAUCAUCGUACAUGAAGGUAAGCGGUGAACGGCAGACCCAACAUCGUGUCUAGCAUUGGAAUUGAAUGAAGCUAUCGGGCUCCUGCUCAGAAUGAGUACGAUUUAGGCUGUCGAUGAGGUUUUUGUGAUGUCUUCACGAGGUUGAAGAUGCACAACACCUUAUCAACCCCACCUCCCAUGUAUCGCGGGGUAGCUUCCUCCACUAUUGUGGAUCUAAACUCGACACCUCGACUCUCUGUACCUGACAUCUACUUCUUAUCCAUCAAAAGUUACUAGACAAUAUUCUGGUCGGCAGAGUGCUGCUCCUGCACUCCUAUCAUCAAUGGCACCCCUUACAAUCACGCCACCACUUUUGAACUCCGCAAAUCCAUGGUGCACUACACUUGAACAACUUCAAGAACUGUAUGACAGUGCGUACACUGGAGCUAUCACAACGCGGACAUCCCUGCUGAAUGGUUUUCCGCACGAUCCAGCGGUCCACCAAUUUGCCUUUUACGAUCCCACAAACCAUGUUGCAUCGCCUUCAAACGUCGAUCAAGCAGGCAAGCCCAACGAUACAGGUAGCUUGAAUACACUGGGCUAUAGCCCAAUACUUCUGGAAGAAUACCUAGGCUUCAUCAAGUCUAUAAGCCAAGGCCUCCCGUCACGACCAGAAGGAGGAAGAGAGCAUUUCAAACCUGUCGUCAUUUCUGUGACAGGCUCUGUGGAGGAAGUAGUUGCCUGUUACAAACUCAUCACAUCCUGCCAACGAGCUGUACGGAUGGUACUCGCAAUGGAGAUUAACCUCUCAUGUCCAAACAUCCCGGGCAAGCCGCCACCAGCUUACGAUUCUGCCUCUUUGUUAACUUAUCUCAACGUACUAAAGAUCGAGAUCAAUCGCCAGAUAUCAGAGGACGGCACAUCAGCACAUCCACAUACGGGCCAUACUCACGUACCGAUUGGCAUCAAGACACCCCCAUACACAUAUCAGGACCAGUACAAUGGCCUGAUCAAGGCAUUGAAAGAUUCCGCUCUUGCAGAGCCAGAACAUCUCCCUUGUCCUAUUACGUUCAUCACCUCUUGUAAUACACUCGGAUCCUCACUCCUCUUGUCACCUCAACUUGAGGGCUUUGCAGGCGGACAAUCGCAUGAAGUGUUUCAUCGUACCCUUGAAUCAGUAACAAGGACGGGCAUUGGAGGACUUGCUGGCGCGCCGCUACAUCCUCUUGCCCUAGGAAACGUGUACACCAUCAAAGGGGUCCUCUUCCAGCACAAGGAACUGGAGCAUAUCCAGAUCAUUGGCGUGGGUGGUGUAGAGGAUGCAGCUGGAUACAAGAGGAUGCGAGCGGUUGGUGCAGCGGCAGUGGCUGUGGGCACUGCACUUGGAAGGAAGGGCGUGAAAGUAUUUGAAGAGAUUGGAGGAGAAUUAGAUACUUCAAGAUAG